UUUGGGGGCCGGCCAUCUUGUGUGGGCAGCAAGCGAGCGCGCAGGGGGUGGGCCUGGAGCCUGGGCAGCAUCGGAGGAGGAUCCUACCGAGAAGCGCCCAUCAUGCCCGGACACCUGCAGGAAGGCUUCGGUUGCGUCGUUACGAACCGUUUUGACCAGCUCUUGGACGACGAAUCCGAUCCCUUCGAGGUGAUCCAGGCGGCCGAGAGCCGCAAGAAAGAAAGCAGCAGUUGCGGAGGAGGCGGCGGCGGGAGCCACCAAGGCAACCGAGGUGGCGGCGGGCAGGUGGCCCAGGCCAACUCCUCAGGCGGCGGCGGCGGCGGUUCGGGCCAGGCCGGCUCCGGUGGUGGGAGCGGCAGUGCGGCCAAGCAACUGCGCAGAGAAUCGCAAAAGGAGCGCAAGAUCCCUUUGCCGCCUUUCGCCUCCUCUUCAGGGCCUGGUGGCUCCGGGGAUCGAAGAGAGGAUGGGGGCGGGCAGCCUGGCUCCGUGCCACUCAGAAAGGAAGGGAUAAGGAGAAUUGGCAGAAGGCCUGAUCAGCAGCCACAGGGAGAAGGCAAGCCUGGUGAGAGGAGGCAGGAAAGACGGCCUCCUCGUGAACGGAGAUUUGAUAAACCUGCUGAAGAAAAAGGGGAAGGAGGAGAAUUUUCCAUUGAUAAACCCAUUAUUGAUCGUCCAGUACGUGGCCGUGGUGGCCCAGGUGGACGAGGGAGCCGUGGUGGCAGAGGACGUGGAAUGGGCAGAGGAGAUGGUUUUGACUCCCGAGGCAAACGUGAAUUUGAUAGGCAUAGUGGAAGUGACAGAUCUUCUCUUUCACAUUCACAUUUCAGUGGCUUAAAGCAUGAGGACAAGCGUGGUGGAAGCGGAUCACACAACUGGGGAACUGUCAAAGAUGAGCUAACUGACUUGGAUCAAUCAAAUGCAACGGAGGAAACACCAGAGGGAGAGGAGCAUCCACCUGCUGAUUCAGAGAAUAAAGAGAAUGAAGUAGAAGAAGUCAAGGAAGAAGGUCCUAAGGAAAUGACUCUAGAUGAAUGGAAAGCUAUUCAGAAUAAGGAUCGUGCAAAAGUUGAGUUCAACAUCCGUAAACCAAAUGAAGGUGCAGAUGGACAGUGGAAAAAAGGUUUUGUUCUUCAUAAGUCAAAGAGUGAGGAGACAAAGGGGAUGACGGAGAUGCAGGGGAGUCAGUUGGAACCAAACGAGCCUCAUGCUGAAGACUCUGGAAUAGAUCAUCAUUUCCGCAAGCCAGCAAAUGAUAUCACAUCCCAACUGGAGAUCAAUUUUGGUGAUCUUGGUCGUCCUGGGCGUGGUGGUAGAGGUGGAAGAGGAGGACGUGGGCGUGGUGGAAGGGCUAGCCGUGGAAGCAGAACUGACAAGUUGGUUAAGGAGUUUGAUGUGAUCCACACACCCAACCAGUCAAGUGCUUCUGCUCCUGACGUUGAUGAUCCAGAAGCUUUUCCAGCUCUGUCCUAAACUGGAUGCCCUAAGCCAACCCUUUGCCUCUUGUUGGGUCCUCUUCUACAAGGCUUGCAUGCUUAAGGAUCCUAAAAACAACUUAAGAAAUUAAAAAGGGGACUCUCAUUCAUACCAUUCACACCUUGAAGACUGAAUUUUACCUGUUUUGAAAAUGAACUUCUCUUGCUACACAGGAGCAACAAUAUAGUAGUCAGUUUUGUAUUUAGAAAUGUAAUGGUAGCAGGGGUGUUUUCAUUUUUUUUUUUGAAAUUAUGCAUUCUUCAUGGAUACUUUUUUUGUAUUGCUGCUUGAAAAUAUGCGUUUCCAAACUUGAAAUAUAGGUGUGAACAGUGUGUACCAGUUAAAGCUUUCACUUCAUUUUUAAUAGGGUUUUAGAUGUGUUUUCCCUGAACUACAAACAAUUUUAACUUGCACACUAUCUUUCUUCUAAUACUGCUUAGCAGAUUGUUUUCAGUCCAUGGUCAGCUGGGAUAUGUACAAAAAUAAUUUGGAAAAUUGUUAGUACUGUGUGGAAUACUAACUUCUGGAGUAUUUUGAGUUUUUAAUACUUAAAGUCAAAUUUGGAAAAGUCCAGUUUCUUCUAUCUUUGGUAGUUUGUGUAUUCAAAAUCUUUAUACAAAUUAAUAUCAGAUACUUGAAAAAUAGUUGAAGCACAUUGGUUUAUAUUCUCAAUACCUACUUGUGAAUCCAGCAGCUCUGUUUUGGAUAAUUGGUCUAAGUCAUUUAAAAAAAAAAGUUACACCUCCCGUAUUCACCCUUUUAAUCUUAGUCCCUUCCUUUUGUCUGUUCUGUAAACUUUGUUUAAAUUUGAUAAUAUUGUCGCUACCAAAAAUAUCUUGUAGCCUGGAGCAACUUUUCUUUUCAAGACAUGGGAGGUGGGCAGGGAAUGGCCUCUGUUUCUUAAUACAGUUGGUUCAAACUACAUUUGCUACUUGUCUGGCAGUGCAGUGUAUCUACACAAAAAUGCCACCUGAAUUGGAUGCAUUCAAACAUUGUUCAAUUAUCUGCAACCAUGGUUCUAAAGAAGAAACCAAAGGGCACUUUUUACUACUUGGGAGGAGGAUUGUUUGACUUAUGUAAGUUGGAGAACAAAAGAGCAUCAAAACUGGACAACUGUGGUCUCCGUGGGACAUAAACCAAACUUCACCACUUAAUUGAAAUGUGGAUUUUGCUCUGUUGCUUCAGCUUCUGAUCUCUGCUAGCUGACAAGUGAAUGUUUUAUUUUCAUAGGUUGAUUGUAAGAAAUUCUCCUUUCCACUCUAGAAUUUUCUCAGUAGUGUAAUCCCUGUGAACAGGAAUGUUACCACUUUCAAAACACGGACUUGAGCAAAUAAUAAAAAGGACUACUUAGGGGUUUUUUUGUCUGCGACAUUCAUUAGGAUGCUAGAACAGGAAUAUUCAUUUAUGUAAGGUUUUUACAUUUUGAGCAGCUUGUAGCAUUUUGGGUUCCUUAAUGAGGUAGAAAACUACAGUGAUGCCCUAUUUUUUUAAAAUCUGUACAGAGUGGGCAAAGUAUUGGAUGACUGAAUAGUAAAUUCCUUGCUUGCAGUAUUCAGCUGACUUUCAUAAUCUGAAUGUUUUCAACAUUUGUUUACAUAAGCAAAGGUUACUCUUUUAGACUUCUGGUACAUUCAGCUCUUCAGCAUUGUAGUCAGGAAGAAAGAAGCAGAUUUUUAAGUGUAUCAAAUUGAUUUUGCCCCAAAGGUUGUUUUUAAGAUGCUAAGCAUUUUGUCAGAGUUCCUUGGUGCUUUGUUUUAAGAUCUCUGAUCUUUGGAGGUAGUCAUUUUUUGGGGUCAACAGGUGCAUAUGUUCUCAGUAUGGAUUUGUUUUGUUCCCUGCCCUGUCAUCUCAUAGCAUAUGUUGGAAGAUAAUAGAUGCUGUCUGUAUCCUUAAAAAACAUUUCACAUAACCACCGUGCAAGUAUUCUGGUCCCCAAGGACAUGCCUCCUGAAUACUUCUGUGCUGCUCCUCCUAUUUCCCUUCCUUAUACUCCCCCUUUCCAGAACAAUAGUGACUCUUUCUUCUUUGGACCUUAGCCCUUUUGGCUUUAGUGUUCCUGAAAACAUGUCCUCCAUAAUGCCAGUUUAAUACUUGACACAGUUCCUUCAUCCCAUAGCACAUAUGUAUCAUAAAACAGGUUUAGAAAGACCUAACAAUGGCUCCUUUGCUGUUCUUUUAAUAGCUAUGUACUUGAUUUGUGUCAAGCUGUGAAAAACUUCCUCUGAUACUGGUGCAUAUGUUGACAAAAUAAAGAUUUAUUUUCAUGCUCUUUUAUAAAAUGUCAUAAAAGGUUGGCAUGAUUUUUUCUAAUGUAAGGCAUCUUAUUUAGUUUCUGGCUUACAAGCUGCUAAAUAAUUUGCCAGGGUAUGGGCCCCUUGUGAAUCCGUUAUCAGCAGUGGGUAUCCUUUUGCAUACUUCUAGUAUUAGCUAUUAAAUGAAUUUGACUUUAUUUCAUUUUCUCAUGCUUGCUUAUCCUUCUGUUGCACCACAGUGUUUAGGAGUGAGGCUUCUCUUAAAAUGGGCUAAUGUUGAAUAUGAAUUGAUUGACUUUUAAAGUUUGAGCAUGUAAGUUCAACUUGUAUCAAAAGACUGGCAGAAAUAUUGAGUAAAAGAAAAGAGCACAAGCCUUUCUGAGGUAAAUCCCCAAGGAUCAAAGGUAUGUUUAUUGUGAAUAUGCAUUGUCUUUCUGUUGGACAGGUACUGCAUCUUAUGAUUGGUUACGUCUUGCUCUAUGAGAUACACUUGCAUACCAUACCUGUUGACUUAAUAAAAGUAGGAUUGAUGCUUC